AUGUCGCUCUCACUCUUGACUCCUCGUCUGGUCACCAAAUGCACCGUCGCCCGCAUUCUGGUCGUCAGAAACGCUUCCUCCAAAAUGACCCUUGACCAUGAACAAUCUAUCAAGAUCAGCGACCAACAAGGAUUCUUCAAAUAUCAGCGCGAUGUUUCUCGUGACGCUCGUUACUCCAACCCAAUUCAUGUUCCGCAAACUCGGACACGCCUACGAAAUCUACCCACUUUUCGGACUUCUUGCUAUCUGGUGUGUUCUCUUCGGCUACACUGUUUACUACUCCUUCGAAAAGACUGA